AUGGCACCCAACUGGAAUGCCACACUGACAUGUACUCCUUGUCCUUUGAAGUCUCCUGGACCCGGCCUCGAAGUGGCGGCAGCACCUUCGGAGAAGGAACGCGUCAGCGCUCUCGAGGCAUUGGCCUCUAAAUUUCCACUGGUGCCAGGACAAAAAAAUCUGGAGCAGUCUCUGGCACUGCUCCAGACGAAUCGCCACGUUGGCGAGAAGAUCUUCCUCGGCAUCACCAGCACGACACCCACAGCCGCGACCAACAAGGGCCUUUUGCAGACAAACCUCCAGACGGUCUUGGCCAAGAUCUCGGCCGGCUUCAUAAUUAGUCGGGGCAGUCUGCGAGCUCCCGGAGAGCAGGACGAUGUGCCGUGGAAGGGUGUCGAAGCAGCAGUGGUUCGAUCUAGUCAAGCCAACACCGGCGCUCGAGCGGCAGCAGGAACCAGGCCAUUGAUCGAGGUGUGGAAGCUGCACUAUAUGCCUUCACACUCACAAGAGGACGCUCAAGUGCUGCUUCUCUUGCAGCGAGCAGCGGAAAUGGACGAGCUGCUAGAUCAGGGAGACAUGGCCUUCAAUGUGACCUUUAAGUCUCACUGGCUGUGCCACGGAAUCUUGGAAAGACCAGUGGAAGAGGCUCCUCGCUUGCUCCGCGAGCAACAAGGACCCGGCCUCGAAGUGGCGGCAGCACCUUCGGAGAAGGAACGCGUCAGCGCUCUCGAGGCAUUGGCCUCUAAAUUUCCACUGGUGCCAGGACAAAAAAAUCUGGAGCAGUCUCUGGCACUGCUCCAGACGAAUCGCCACGUUGGCGAGAAGAUCUUCCUCGGCAUCACCAGCACGACACCCACAGCCGCGACCAACAAGGGCCUUUUGCAGACAAACCUCCAGACGGUCUUGGCCAAGAUCUCGGCCGGCUUCAUAAUUAGUCGGGGCAGUCUGCGAGCUCCCGGAGAGCAGGACGAUGUGCCGUGGAAGGGUGUCGAAGCAGCAGAGCCAUUCUUGGCAUUCCCUGCCAUGAAGGCCAAGGCCGCCGAAGUUAAACACUGCCUCAGGCCAUUGAUCGAGGUGUGGAAGCUGCACUAUAUGCCUUCACACUCACAAGAGGACGCUCAAGUGCUGCUUCUCUUGCAGCGAGCAGCGGAAAUGGACGAGCUGCUAGAUCAGGAUCCCACCCAAGCCGUGCUCCUUGACCGAGACACCCUGCUCCUCGGUUUCGAGUACUUCACUUUGAUGGGUGUUUCAUGA